GUGAAUGGGGCGCCUCAGCCAGUCCUUUGAAAACGGUACCAAAAGUCUGAAGGUCCGUAAUCCCUGACAAAAAAAAAAAAUUUUUUUUCUUAAAAUUGUUUUUUUCUUCCUUGAAAUCGCGCAGGCGCAAUCGCGCGCGAUCGCCUCCUUUUAAAUUCCCCCAGGAAGUAAAUUUAAGUGUGAUUUUCCCUUUCCACAUUGCUUCCGUGCCGCGAAAGAGUGACCGUACUUUGAAAACGACGGGGUCGCCUUUAAAGGAUAACAAAUAUCCCGUGAGAUGCGGGUGAGGGUGAGGAAUAUGCCCAAGUUCACGUUGCUACUUCUUUUUGUAGCAGUCGCGUUCACCCUUGCCGAGGGAAAAAUAUUGAGUCGAUGGAAGCGACAGGACGAUAAGAAGGAUAAUGUGAAGGAGGAAUUUUGUAAGGACAAGGACGCAGGUGAAUGGUUCCGACUUCAGACAGGUGAGGGUGACAAUUGCCGCGAUGUUAUUCAAUGCACCAGUUCCGGAAUUCAAGCUUUGAGGUGUCCCGCGGGAUUAUAUUUUGACAUCGACAAACAGACGUGCGAUUGGAAGGAUGCAGUGCAUAAUUGCAAAUCAACGAACAAAGAGCGGAAGGCCAAGCCCCUUCUCUACACUGAGGAGCCACUUUGUCCGGAAGGUCAGCUCGCCUGUGGAAAUCAGGAUUGCAUCGAGCGGGGACUAUUCUGCAAUGGCGAAAAGGAUUGUACCGAUGGAUCCGAUGAAAAUAUUUGCGAUAUGGACAAUGAUCCAAAUCGAGCACCACCUUGCGAUCCAGCUGUUUGCGUUUUGCCCGAUUGCUUCUGCUCCGAGGAUGGUACAACAAUACCUGGCGAUCUACCACACAAAGACGUACCCCAAAUGAUCACCAUCACAUUCGACGAUGCCAUUAAUAACAACAAUAUUGGCCUCUACAAGGAAAUAUUCAACGGCAAACGUCGCAAUCCAAACGGUUGUGAUAUCAAGGCAACAUUCUUUGUCUCACACAAAUACACCAAUUACUCCGCCGUACAGGAAAUGCACCGAAAGGGACACGAAAUCGCUGUGCAUUCCAUUUCGCACAAUGAUGACGAGAGAUUCUGGUCGGAUGCAACUGUUGAUGAUUGGGCAAAGGAGAUGGCUGGAAUGAGGGUGAUUAUUGAGAAAUACGCUAAUCUAACCGACAACAGUGUUGUUGGUGUUCGUGCACCGUAUCUUCGAGUUGGUGGUAAUAAUCAAUUCACAAUGAUGGAAGAGCAAGCUUUCUUGUAUGACUCCACAAUUACUUCGGCGCUCAACAAUCCUCCAUUGUGGCCAUACACCAUGUACUUCAGAAUGCCUCAUCGUUGUCACGGAAAUUUGCAACACUGUCCCACCAGAUCCCACGCAGUCUGGGAGAUGGUAAUGAACGAACUGGACCGAAGAGAAGAUCCAGCGAAUGAUGAAUAUCUCCCCGGUUGCGCCAUGGUCGAUUCAUGCAGCAACAUUCUCACCGGUGAUCAAUUCUACAAUUUCCUAAAUCACAACUUUGACAGGCACUACGAACAAAAUCGAGCACCAUUGGGUCUCUAUUUCCACGCCGCCUGGUUAAAGAACAAUCCCGAAUUUCUCGACGCCUUCCUCUACUGGAUCGAUGAGAUUUCCGCCAAUCACAAUGACGUCUACUUCGUAACAAUGACCCAAGUAAUCCAAUGGAUCCAAAAUCCACAAACAGUCACCGAAUCAAAGAACUUUGAAUCAUGGCGUGACAAGUGUGUUGUCGAAGGUCCACCAGCAUGUUGGGUACCACACACCUGUAAAUUGACAUCCAAGGAAGUCCCCGGAGAGACCAUUAAUCUUCAAACUUGCAUUCGCUGUCCCAAUAAUUAUCCAUGGAUCAAUGAUCCCACCGGAGACGGUUUCUUCUAAUCUCAAUAAUACCGUUCCUCACUCUUCUAAGUCAGUUUCAUUUAUUUUCACUUCAAAAAAAAAAAAAAAAAAAAAAGCGAACGAAGCAUAUUUAGAAAAAAAAAAUCAACUUUUUUUGCAAUGAUCGUCAAAAUGUAGCUCUGUCUCCUAAAGUCAAUUAUGGAGACAUACAAAUUUUCGUUUUAAAUUAUAUAAAUAUAUUGUAAUGUAGAAGUACGAUUGAAUCGCGAAAUGUUUUGUUUUUUUUUUCUAAAAAUGUUAUCUUCGCCUGACGAAGAGCAGUAUUUUUCGCCUUUAUAAUAUGAGGGGAAAGAUGCGAGAAGAAUCUCUUUAUUAGAAAACAAUAAAAGAAAAAGAAGAAAAAAAAAUAGGAGAGAAAGUGGCGGACUUGUGUGAUCCGCAAGUGAGACUCGAUGUAUGUAAUAUAUAGAACCUCGUUUCCCUUUUUUUUCCAAAAGUGAUUAGUCGUUGUUUUUUUUUUUUUUGUUUUUUUUAAUAUAUAUAUAUUAUUGAUGUAUCCUUGUUUCCUUAAUCCUUGUCCUAUCCUCUCCAUUAAAUUCCCUUCUCUCUCAGCAAACCGCCAAAUCUUCCCGAGGGGCGCCCUUAUUUUUCUAAGGGUCGACCAAAAAAUAUAAAUAUAAAUGUGUAUGUAUAUUUUAUAUAAAAUAAGCGACAUCAAAUUGUUCUGAAGAGAAAGCGACAGAUCUUUAAAAUAAAAGACUUUUAAAAAUUUA